UAGCUUACGACUAGAAAAAUCUGACUGUGGUUAGACGGAUUGAUUGGCGAUCUCCCUAUUCAUCUUUGAUAUGACUUAGCAGAUUUGAUUAUGAGUUUUAUUUCAAUGUACUCGAAUCAGAUUGCAACUUUGCAGUAUUUAUAAAAUAUAACAGUUAUAUUAUCAUGAACCGUAUAGUGAUAUUUGGGGCUACAGGAAAUACCGGAUUAUGUGCUGUAUCGCAUGCUGUAAAUAAGGGAUUAGAUGUAAGGGUGUUUGUGAGACGUGCAAUACAUGUUCCUGAACAUUUGAAAGAUAAAGUAGAAACUAUUGUUGGAGAUGUUACCAAUGCAGAACAAGUUUCAAAUGCAAUAUGUAACAGAGACAGUGUGGCUGUUGCACUUGGCACGCAAAAUGACUUGAGUCCAACUACUGUGUUAUCCAGAGGUAUGAAAAAUAUAAUAGAUGGUAUGAAACAACACAAUGUAGAAGUAGUAUCAGUCUGUUUAUCCGCAUUUUUGUUCUACAAACCUGAAGCAGUACCUAGUAUAUUUAAAGAUUUAAGCGAUGACCAUCAACGCAUGCUCAACUUUCUUAAGGAAAGUAAACUAAAAUGGAUCGCAGUAUUGCCGCCUCGUAUCGCUGACGCACCACGUUCAGAAUAUGUAAUCAAACACGAUGAAUCUCCUGGUAAUGUUAUUUCCAAAUACGACUUGGGUGCUUUCCUUAUUGAAAGCCUUCAACAAUCAGAACAUUAUCAAAAACUUUGUGGUAUUGCAACUGUUUCGUAAUAUAACAUGAAGUAUGAUUACAUGCAAAUAAAAAUUAUUCUAUUUUUUACACUGGAUAGCGCGUUAAGAAAUGUAUAAGGAAUUAAAAAUGUUCGAACGAGUAUAUCUUGCUUUUUUUAACCACAUGGGAAUAAACAAGAAGCUUAAAAG